AUGGCGGAAGGAAUAAUUGUCGAGGUUAAAAGCGAUAAAAAAUACGUAAUUGAUACGUUAUUGUGUUAUAUUUGGUAUGUUCGAAACCAGAUAAAUGAAAAGGAAAUGAAAACUUCUCUUUGCGAAUUUUUUGAAGUUGACGACGUAAAAAAAAGUGCAAAGUUUUUGCAAAGUGAAGCCAGCACAUUAUCGCUCAGCCUGCCGGAGUUUUCCGAAGACGUUGACAAGAAUAAAAUGUGGGACGAAUUUCUUAGAAUAUGUCGUUUAAUUUUUGAAACUAAAGUCGAAGACAAAUUUCUCUGUUUUCUCGCUGAUGACUUGUGGAAAGUUACUAAUUGUGACAAUAGAUUCGAGAAAUUGUCAGCUGAACAGGUGAGGUUGCAAAAAAGGGUUAUUCAAAAUAGUCCGGCCGUCCUGGAAUUUCUUGAAGAGCAUGGCAAUAUACUGAGUGAUGUCCAAAAAAAGGUGAACAGUAUCGUGUGCAGUGAUGUAUCCGCUGAUGGAGAUUCAGAUGCUGAGACAUCAGUCGCUAAAAAUUUGUCUGACAUUGCUGAAGAAGGUAACAACGAGGGUGGAAAUUUCAUAACAACUUGUGCAUCCAAUGUUGUUGACCACCUUGAGUCAAUUAAUGUUAAAGUUUUGUUUUGCUACCCUGUAUUCAAGAGGAGAGAUGACAAAAUAAAACUUGAUGAAACCCACACUUCUACGUCAUUCCGGUUGUGUGUAGAUGAGAAGUAUGCGGAAAUAGUUGAAAGAUCAAGUUCUUGGCCUGAUUAUGUUCAGGUUAGGAAUUGGGUUUUCAAUAACAACAGCAAAAGUGGCAGCACCAGAAAUGCCGAUGUCAAUAUCAGGACAUGUUCUGAUGUGAAACGAUGA